AUAAGGUGGUUUAGUUUCCUCAACGGAUCAGCCUCUUGUCUGUGUGACUGAAUUUGCUGUUCCAAGCUGUCGAACGUGGAGGCUGGCCUUGUUCUCCCCUCUUGCAGUGCUGGGAAUCCAGGGGCUCACUCAUGCCAGGCAAGUAACGGAAGAUAGAAGAGAGAUCUAGACAGGAAGUGGGAGCCAAGGAAGGGAUUUGCCUACGCCUGCUUCUGAGCUGGUUCCUGCAGGCUGGCGCCUUGUGGGGUCCGUGACAGAUGCUGGCCGCUCACUGGUUCGAAGGUCUACACAUGAAGUCACCGUAACGAGGGUGGCUCCCACUUCGUGAAGACCUCAUCGCCGCGAGGUGGGGCUAAGAUGAGCAUAACCAGCGACGAGGUGAACUUUCUGGUGUAUCGGUAUCUCCAGGAAUCAGGUUUUUCCCACUCUGCCUUCACGUUCGGGAUUGAGAGCCACAUCAGCCAGUCCAACAUCAAUGGGACGCUGGUGCCGCCCGCUGCCCUCAUCUCCAUCCUGCAGAAGGGACUGCAGUAUGUGGAGGCAGAGAUCAGCAUCAACGAGGAUGGCACGGUGUUUGACGGCCGCCCCAUAGAGUCCUUGUCCCUGAUCGACGCUGUGAUGCCCGACGUGGUGCAGACGCGGCAGCAGGCAUUCCGAGAGAAACUCGCUCAGCAGCAAGCUAGUGCUGCGGCGGCAGCGGCGGCGGCGGCGGCGGCGGCGGCAGCGGCAGCAGCAGCAGCAACAGCUGCAACGACAGCAGCCGCGCCAGCCCCGGCAGCUGUUUCCCAGCAAAACCCUCCAAAGAAUGGAGAGACCACGGUGAACGGGGAGGAGAAUGGAGCACAUGCGAUGAAUAACCACUCGAAGCCCAUGGAGAUAGACGGGGAAGUUGAAAUCCCACCCAGCAAAGCCACCGUCCUUCGGGGUCAUGAGUCCGAGGUGUUCAUUUGUGCCUGGAAUCCUGUCAGCGACCUGCUAGCUUCUGGAUCAGGCGACUCCACCGCGAGAAUAUGGAGCCUCGGUGAAAGCAGCAAUGGGACCUCCACGCAGCUCGUGCUGAGACACUGUAUCCGCGAAGGGGGCCACGACGUCCCUAGCAACAAGGAUGUCACCUCGCUGGACUGGAACAGCGAUGGGACUCUACUGGCUACAGGUUCCUAUGACGGUUUUGCAAGAAUCUGGACAGAAGAUGGUAACUUGGCCAGCACCUUAGGCCAGCACAAAGGACCUAUCUUUGCCUUGAAGUGGAACAAAAAGGGGAAUUAUAUUUUGAGUGCUGGUGUAGACAAAACGACAAUAAUUUGGGAUGCCCACACAGGAGAAGCCAAGCAGCAGUUUCCUUUUCAUUCAGCCCCGGCUCUCGAUGUGGACUGGCAGAACAACACGACUUUCGCUUCCUGUAGCACGGAUAUGUGUAUUCAUGUGUGCAGACUCGGCUGUGACCGCCCAGUGAAAACCUUCCAAGGACACACGAAUGAGGUCAAUGCCAUCAAAUGGGAUCCUUCCGGAAUGUUACUAGCGUCCUGCUCUGAUGACAUGACAUUGAAGAUCUGGAGUAUGAAGCAGGACACCUGUGUGCACGAUCUUCAAGCUCACAGCAAAGAGAUCUACACCAUCAAGUGGAGCCCCACGGGGCCCGCCACCAGCAACCCCAGCGCCAACAUCAUGUUAGCGAGUGCUUCGUUUGAUUCUACGGUUCGGCUGUGGGAUGUGGAGCGGGGCAUUUGUGUCCACACGCUAACCAAGCAUCAGGAACCUGUCUACAGUGUAGCGUUCAGCCCUGAUGGAAAGUAUUUGGCCAGUGGCUCCUUCGAUAAGUGUGUGCACAUCUGGAACACCCAGAGUGGAAGUCUGGUCCACAGCUACCGAGGCACAGGUGGCAUCUUCGAAGUAUGCUGGAAUGCUCGAGGAGACAAAGUGGGUGCCAGCGCAUCCGAUGGCUCUGUGUGUGUUUUAGAUCUGCGGAAGUAAACACAAAAUAUUAUAAAGAGUAAAAAGAAUUCUAACGGACCAGCAGUGGAUGCGUGGGGUUGCAGGACUCUUCCAACACUCUGCUCCAAAACUGUACGAAUGUGACUUGUGUUAGAGUGUGCUUUGACAUCAGCUCAUCCCUGGCCACAGGAAUCUGUUUUUUUUUUUUUUUUUUUUUUUUUUUGUAAUCUUCAUCCAGAAGUUUAAAAACCAAGCAAAUCCAAAAGCAUACACACAGUCAUAUCAAGGGGGGGGGAGAAGGGUCUCCACCUAGGACAUUCCGCCAGGGAAGGAUGAAGCCACCAGCGGCUUGCUUUCCAUCCACAGCAGGCUCUGACGGCUGAAUGCAGGCAAAGCUGUGCCAAAAAAGGAAAAAGGAAAAAAAAAAAAAAAAGUAAAAUGCUGUGAUAAACCACAAGAAGAAAGAACACCUCCUCCUUGUGAUAUGCCCCGCCCCCCACCAAUCUGGACACUACAGUUGCCUCUCUCAAAGGGUGUGUUCAAAGACCAGUCUGUACCCAUGAAACACGCAACUUUGUAAUCCCAACACUUGCUAUUUUCUAGAACCUUCUUUGUUCAGUGGUUUUUCUAUGCGCUGGAAUUCUGUCAUCUGCGGGCUUUGGUUUGAGAUAGAAACUGUUUUGGGUUUGUUGUUUGUCCCCCCCACCCCACCCCACCCCACCGUUGUGAUUACUCCCUACCCCCUGUGCUGUUUUUUUGGUCUGGUGUGGUCUUGUCCUUCACGCCACCCUCCGUGGACGUACCCACGUGGACAUGGUGACCUAAACCGUAGACGGACAGCUUUUUCCCUCCCUCUCCUCUCGCCCCUCCCCGCCUGCUCACACUCCUGACCCUUCCUCGUAGCUGCUUCACCUCUGAGGUCACAAGGGACACUUUGGGCGCAUUAUAAGUGCUUUAUGUAAGAAAGCGGGGAGGGGGAAUUUUUACAGGAGAAAAAAAAAUGACUUAUAAGAGAAAGAGCCUGGAGUAUUUUUGGAGAAAAAAAAAAUAUUUUUAUGUUAAAAGCAAUUUUAAAAAUCCCGAAAUGGCCAUCAGACAUAGAGAGCUUUGUGUGAUUCAUAUUUUAAAAACACAGACAUUUCAGAAGAUACAGGCAGAGUCACAGGUUAGCUUACCCUUUCCCUCCAGUGGUGUGGAAGGUGGCCGGUGGCCAGGAGGAAGAGGCCAUCCGCAGCGACGGUGUGGUCCUUUCAUGCAUUUCCCUGAGCAGUGCGACGGCCCAGGGCCCGCCACCAAGAACAUGCCCAGUGGGUCCUUGCAAGGCUCACCUGAUGGCUCCAGAGGGUCCCCCCAUCUGCUGACAAAACAUGAACACUGGAGGAAGAGUUCAGCCCCGAAGAUGAAUUAUUCCAUAGGUAUAACAUCACCCACCCCUUCUGCCGGCUUUAUUGUUUCUUUCUCUCAGCGGAGACAAGGAGAGAGUUUUUCUCUUGUUUUUUUUUUUAAUGAUGAAUCCUUUUACUACUCUUUAAAAAUUAAACACAGCUUUUUGUCCCUGGGACGGUUUGCUUUCGCUGGAUCUGGUGAUCUUUGUACGUCUUUCAUUACAGCGUGGCCCUCGCCCUACCGUGCGUUGCGGAGGAGCAGACUGGGAAGCCAGGCCUCUCCUGAGAGCUGAGGAGGGGCCCCGGGUGUGGGCUGCACUGUGCACCUGAGGCAGGGUGUUAUUCAGAGAGUGGUGUCCAUGCACAGAGCCGGAAAUGGGCCAGGGCCUCCUCCCACUCAGGAUGUACGGAACCAGCCAGGCAAGCCAGCGAGCGCCAGGCACUCUACUGGGACCUGUGAAGUGACUGCAGCGCAAGCAGACCAGAAAGGGCCGUGUUUUCUAGCGGAGUAUUGUAUCUGCGCUCCGUCAUGCAAAAGCACUCAACAAAGAAAGCCAAAGUGCUGUGAAGUCACGGGUCCCAUUUUCGAACUCAGCAGGUGGAUGUGUCAGUUCGGAUGCAGGCUUCGGGGUCCCAAGGAUCACCAUCUUUAGCGUGCCUCAAAUAAAUACACGUUCUUCUCCACCGAGCAUUAGCUGUCAGCUGUCAGCCCAUUGUCCGGAUACGGCUUGCGCGGAUCUGCCAUGGGACGGGGAGGGGGAUGCGGAUAAAGGAUUCACUAGACAAUCUAGGCCUGGUUCCAGAGCCGGGGUCUCACACCUGAGGCAAGCAAGACCGCCACCUCGUCAGCACUGGAGGUUGGCACCCGCUACGGUGAGCACUGGCAAACAGGCUCUUCCCGUACAAAGAGGUCCAGCACGUCCCCCCCAUCCAUCAGCACAGCAGACCACGGGUCAGAGGCGGACCAAGCCGGAGAAUGCUGCUGCUCACGCUUCAGAAGUGCACCCUGCUCUCAGCAAAAUGACACGACUGCCGGCUGUGUGUGGAGCUGCCACGCCGGCGCACCGCCGGUCACCGGAGCCAGCACGUUCAGCUCCGAAGUGAAGGGCCCGGGUGUGUUGCGUUGCCCGACAUUGUCCACAGCUCUGACGGGAUCGUGAGGGAUGCUUCAGUCUUAGUGACCAAAUGUAACCUUGCAAGCAGACAUGAGUGACCACAAGCCAUGUCCAGCACAUGCCUGGGAAAGGGAGGCUGCCCCGCGGGGGACUGCAAGGGCCACAGGGACGCUACAGGGUUCAGCAUUCCGAGCCCGCAGUACUGAUGCCCGCCGUAGGACUUGACCUUUCGUUCUGUCUUUCUCAUAGAUCACGGAGCCAAGUCAAGUGCACUUUGUCCAAUGUAAGGAUCUGCUUUGUCCCUUGUUAUUUCUCUUUUUAAACCUCUCGUUCCACCUUUUUUAUUUUUUUCCAUUGUGUUUCUUGUCAAAUACAGAAAUGUUUCUUCUGCCACUCACUGAAGGUUUGAAUUCUGGCUUCUGCGGUUUUUAUUGUCUGUGUCAGACAUACAGCCAGACGUGGUUCUCCGUCAGCAUUCCCCAGAUUCUGUUCAGCAGCGUCGCCCUGCCCCCCCUUUUGUUCUGUAUCCCCACCCCCCACUCAUCCCUCACGCUCUUGGAAAAAAAAAAAAUCACCUCGUGUGUCGUAGCUCGUUUGUUUCCAGAGAGAAUCAACAGAUCAUAUUCAGUGUCUUGAAUAAAUUGCUCUAUUUUGAUAUUAGA